AUGGGCAACAACAAAGAGGAGGAACAACUGGCGGUGACUCAGAGAGCAAUGGAAAGAAAGAUGUGUGGCACGACAAUAAGAGAUAAAGUCAGCAAUAAAGAGCUGCGUCAAAGAAUCGGGGUGCAUGACGUGGUCAAUGAAAUCUAUCAGGCUAAAAGAAAAUGGGCAGGGCAUGUAGCACAAAGACAACAGAUGGACAUGUUGACUCAUGAACUGGAUACCAAGAAACCACAAGCAGCCCUUGGGCAGACCUGGGAUUCACGUCAAGUGACAAACAAAGCAAGGGAUAUGACUCAGCAGGCAAUGACAUGCGACAAAGACAAAGGCAUGAAGUCAGCAGGAACCUUGAAAAGGAGCCCAGGCAUGAGGAACAUUGGAACUAUUGGUGUGUAUUUUAACAAGCUGAGAACCAAUCUCCAAACUAUCGCAUACAAUGACGAGGAGCCAGAGCACGAAGCUUGGAGAAGGUAUGUAGAAAGAAAGAACAUUGUGCUGGAAUUCCUGCACUCUGACUUGAGCCUCCACGUGAUCAAACGCCACCACAAACGGAUUGACCUUCUCAAAAAGUGCUCCUAUUACAUCGAAAUCUUGCCAAAGCACUUGGCACUGGGAGACCAGAACUAUCUGAUGCUACCCACCACCAUGUUCCAACUGAUAGACCCUUGGAGGUUUCAGAGGAUGAAGAAAAUAGGGACCAUCCAAACCAAAAUCCAACUGUUACUCCUAUCUGACCUGUUAGAAGAGCUAGAAAGGGGUCGGGAGGAGCUGGUUUUCUUCCUGGAGACCUUGGACAUGAUGACUUUCCUCUCCAGAUGGGACAUUAUCAAGCAAAGGGUGUCGAGCCUCUCCGAGAAGAUGGAUUAUUUCCUUACUGUGUUGGUACCAGGAAAGUUGUAUAUCAAGCAUCGCCUGGUGUCAGAUGUUGGGAUCACCAAAAUCCCACACAUCAGGCUCGUCCUGAGCACAAAAAUGCCAGUGAUGUUUGACCGAAGGGAAUCGGUGGCACACGAGGACUGGGUGAGUCUCAAGUGGUUUGUUGCUAGCCAGCAGCCCCAGGUCGAACAAUAUGAACUCCGUUUUAAGCUGCUGGAGCCCAGAACUCCCCAAGAGCGAGUCCACUGUGGAAUCAAGCCUGUCACCGCAAACACAUGUGAAAUUCACAACCUCCUCCCUGACCGUUUGUAUAGGUUCACUCUCAAAAGAGCAGAGACUUACACGCUUGUUUAUGAACAGUGGCACGAUUCCAUCCUGCUUAAGACCAAACCGUACCUUGAAGAAGAAAUGGAGAUUUCCAUGUCUUAACCUUGGCUUUUCCCAUCUUAGCAAUUCGCAAGGAGUAUAAAAUAAGUUAAAUUAAACACUUAUUUUUAAAGUUUUUGGCAUUAACAGCAUGAGCUUUUUCUUGUCAAAGUGUAGAUCUGACAGCCCUUAAGAUGCCAAAAGAACCACUGCAGUUAGUAGGUCAAGCAAAAUU